GCAUUCUGGGGCGUGUAGUCUUUCCGCUGGCAGCUCCGGUGCUUGCGGCCGGUUGCUAGGUGACGACAUCCAAACUGCACUCUUGGGCACACCCCCUGCCCCGGCUGGUGGCGGAGGUCCUGGCUGGGCCGGAGUGAAGUCGGGGACCCGCCUGGAUUCGUGAGACCUGCCUCACCCGCUGGCCCUGGCAUCUGCGGUGGCGGCGGGUGGGAGUGGGACGGGAGGUUCGGCGGCAGGAGCGCCCACGAAGCCGACCAACAGGGUCCUGCCCUGGGAAGAUGGCCUACUACAGAAAAUGCAUUGAAACUGUCAUUGAGCAAUUGAAUAAAUUUAAGCCUGAGAAGGACAGUCCUGAGCAGUUCCUGGAGGCUGCAUCCACCGCCCUGCAGACUCUGAGCCUCCAGAAGCAGGCGUUCAUUUUGGAGGUGCUGUCCGGGUGCCUCGAGUACCGGAAGUUGCUGGCCGUGGUGGUAGAUGCCUUCUACGUGCGGGCCGGCUGGCUCUGCCCACGGGCCGACUACAACCUCUUCGAGGUGAUCUGCUACCUGGCCACGUUCCAGCUGGAGGAACUCGGCUUUCAGCUCUUCUGUGACAUUGUCCGGGCCCAGCCUGUGGACAAGAUGCACAAGUUCCUCGGGUUCUUCUUCAAUCCCCUAAACCUGUGCUCGUGGAUCAAGGAUGAGUGGAGCCUCAUCUAUGAGACCGCCCACGUGAGAGAGAACUGGAUCGACCCCUUGAUGAGAUGGCAGCCGGAGGUCCAGGAGCUGAUCCACCAGCUGGAGGAAGUGAUGGCCAUUCAGCCCCCUCUUUCAAAGACCAAGGCCAAGGUCACAGAGCCCAAGGAGUUCAACCUGACUGUCCCCCGGCCCCGCGCCAUUCCAGUUCCCGAGCUGGUCCCUGUCAUGGCCAAGUCAAAACCAAUCCCCAGGAGCACCUACCAGCCGCCCAAGGAGAGGCAGUUGCUAGAGAUGACCAAGAGAUUUAAUCGCUGGAAGGCCGAGGAGCUGCUGCUAAAGGCGAACAUCGAGGAGAUGCGGUGUGCGGUGCCCAGGUCCCGGGGGGAGCCCCUGAUGCAGGACUCCAAGAAGAAGCUGCAGCUUCAUUUCAUGCCCCGAAUCCUUAAGACUCCAAAGCUGACCUUCUACAAGCCCAGUGAGGUCCCGGUCAAGCUGAACACUGCUGCCAUCCUCCGAGAAGGGUCUUUAUACCAGCGGCAGGUGGAGAAAGAGCUGCAGAGGGUGGAUACGCUUGUGGACGGGGCCAGGGACUUCUCUGAGUUCCUCCAGUGGCAGAAGGAGAUGCAGGCGAAGGACCGGGAGGAGGAACUGGCCACAAGCGCGUGCCGGAGGCUGCAGGGGAAGCUGAGCCGCGAGGAGGCCAUCCUGGCCCGGCAGCACCUCGCGCAGGAGAACAAGCAGAAGGCCGACCAGAAGAAGGAGGAGAUGGCUGAGCUGAAGCAGCAGUGUGCUGAGAGGCGCCUCCAGGAGGAAAGGUCCAUGAAGGAGCUGGUGGAGCAGGUGACAGAGGUGCAGAAGAAUGUUAAGCUGGCUCAGAUGAAGCUCCUGAAGGGCCGAAGGCAGAUAGUUCAGGAGGUGAUAGAGGAGAGCCGGGAGCUGCUGCAGCGCACCAUACAGGCAGCCAAGGAGGAGCAGAAGGAGCGCUGCGAGCUCGUCUCCCAACUUCGAGCCCUGGAGACCCAGCCCGUGCGCAAGGGCAAGCUCGUGGACCUGACCCAGAUCCCUGGGUAUGGCCUGGAAGGGGAGAUGUCUGUGGUGGAGCUUCGUGAGCGGCUGGCCCUGCUCAAGGAGACCCAGCGGCGCGAAGAGGAAGAGAAGCGAGACCAGAUCAUCCAGGGAAAGCGCACCAGAAGCCAGGAACUGCAGAAUACGGUGGAGCAGAUCUCACUGUGCCGCGCGGCCAUGGGGAGGUCUGCGGCCUUGAGGUGGGAGGAGAAGAAAGCCCGGUCUGCGGCCCCGGGGACGCCCUCCCGGGACGAGCGCGUGCUGGAGCUGCAGCGCAAGAUCGAGGAGAAGGUGGCGGAGCGCCGCCGCACGCAGGCAGCCCUGAAGCCGGUUUCGGCGCCGGGACCCGCGCGCCCUAAGCCAUGGGAAAUACACUGAUGGAUCAGGACAUGCCUGAUGCAGGAGUUUGGUCUUCAAGCUGGUAGCAGUUCCAGCCUCAGGACAUGGAGGAAGAAGGGUCAUCUCUCCCUGGUGGCUCUCUCAGGAGGGUUGUCUGUCCUCAAGGCCUUGUGUGAACUUCUGCUCCAGUCUCACUGGCCUGAAUUGAACAAGCUCUGCGGAGCCAGUUCCUGCAGUGGGGGAAGGUCUUUAUCGGUGCCCAAAACAAGCACUGUGGCAGGAGGAGGGGAGAAUAACCCUUCACCUCUCCAACUGGCUUCUCGAGCAGAGGCGGGGAGGUGCUAUUGACAAUGAUGCUGGUUGGCAGGGCACACCAACGUCCCUAACUGCCCUUUUGGACCGGGCAGCUGCUCAGAGUACCUGGAGCUUCUGCUCCAUACCAACCUGAGGGGGAAUAGGUCUUGGGCCAUCCCCUGAGGUUGUGGCCUGAGGGCAGGCCUUAUGUUCUAGAUUGAUGGCAAAAUGUCUCCAGUAUCCAGGUCUCCUGCCUCGUGACCUCCCACUAAGAGGCAGUCUAUUUCCUUCAGUCCUUGAAUCUGGGCUGACUUGUGUUGGCCAAUAGGGUGCAGCAAAAGUGGCUGGGCCUCAUGUGGCCUUGGAGCUCCCUCUUGUUCUCUUGGAACCCUGCCCAGCCCCAGCGUGAGCAUGUCCAGGGUGGCCUGCUGGGAUGAGACACCAUAUGAGGCCAGCCAGUUGUCCCAGCAGAAGCCAUCCUCACCCAUAUGACAAACCAGCAGAACCCAACAGGUGAGGCCAGCCGGAACCUGAACCCUCUCCCUGCCCCCACUAACUUGUAGAGUCAUUAACAGUAAAUGCCUGUUUGUUCAAAGCACAUACAAGAGCCUUUAAAAAAAAAAAAAUGUUUUUUUUUUUAAUUUAUUUUGGGAGGGGGGAGCAUCCGGAGCUGGACGUGGGGCUUGAUCCCACAACCCUGAGAUCAUGACCUAAGCUAAAACCGGGAGUCGAACACUUAACAGACUGAGCCACCCAGGCAACCCC